AAUACGGUACCUACGAUUUAAAAUUUUUACAAUUUUACUAAACAAUAAACAUAGGUACUAACAAGCGAUUUUUCGCUUAGCUAAUUUAUUUUCAUUUUGUACUACAAUUUGAUAAGUAUAUUAACAUGCAAGAUCUAUCAUGUUCAACAUAAACACAGAGCUUACUGCUGAAUGUAUAAAAAGUUUAGCUGACAACAAUCGAUGCAUUACUUGUGAUAAAUUGAACACACCUUGCGCGAGGUAUCCUUGCGGCCAUGCAGUUUGCGCGGAGUGUGUCAGUGUAGCUGAAUGUUGUUUACUCUGUAUUACACCGCCUCCCAAAAUUACACACUAUGAGGACGAGCCAUUGAGUCGUCGAGUAGAGCAUGCAUCACAAUUAGUUUCGGCUUAUCAAGAAUUAUUCGGAGAAGAUGUGGACAAGAGAGUGAGUAUAUUGAAACAACAAAAAUUAGAAAAGCUUAUAUUUCCUGAAUGCAUUCAAGCCUCUAACAAGUAUUUCAAUAAAAGAAAAAGCUCCACUUCCUUUUCAAAGGGCAAAGAAAACAUCAAACCACCAAUUCCGCUACCUGGCGAAGAGGUUCCUAGUAGAAGUUUGAAAAUGGAAAACAAAAAUACUUAUGUGCAGCAAUGGCUCAACAACAUACAGAGUCCCGCAACAUCCAAAAUACAACGAAAACCUUUUGCAGAUUUAAAUGUUAACAGUAAUAUUAUUCAAAACACCAGCACCAAAGAGAGACAAACAAGGACAUACGGAAAAAGAAAGCAUUUUAAAACAAUGUCUAAUCAUUCAGAAAAUGUUCCAGUUAAGAAGUCUAAAAGUAACUCCUCAUUUAUCAAAGGUAUGAAACACAUGGAGCGUUUCAAUAAAUCCCACCAGAGGAAACACGAGGCUGAUGAAAGUGGGAUUGUGAUGGAUGAUGACGUUAUUGAGAUAUUGGACAGCCAAGAGGUUGCCGAUAAGGACAAACUUGCAUGUAGAGCUAUUGAGGAUGCUGAACUAAACAAGGAUGAUAUUUGCAUGGAUUUGUUUAAUGACAGUUCUUAUGUGGAGCAAACACUGCCAAAAGUGUGUGUGACUUCCAAUAAAACUACAAAAACAUACAAAGUACCUUUCUACAAAAAAAGUUUUCUGCACCAAACUUGUGAAGGUCAUCGGAGUUGUUGCAUUGACGAACAAAAAAAAACUAAUUUUAAGAAUAUCUCUAUAACUAUUGAAAAUAAGUCCUUUGUUACCAUGAUCAAUGUUUCAAAUUGUGAAGAACAUUUUGAAAAUGCCGGGGACAAAAAUUCAAAACACAUUGUCUUAAAUGAGGCUCCUAUUAGCGACAAGAAUAAUAAAAAUAUAACUAAAGAACCAGUGCAACUUGAAGAUAUACCUCACAUUAAGGACUGCCAUGAGGAAAUAAAAGCCAAGAUAGAAUCUAAUACAAAGAAUGAUAAUCUCAAAAAAGGUGUGAUAGUAAGUGACUCCGAUAGUGAUAGUGUUUUAAGUUUUAUUGAUAAAGAAAAGGAAGUUGUUGUAGAAAUCCAUAGAUCGUGCAAUGAGACGGAUUACACAGUUUUAUCUGAAUUGGAUUUAAAUCAAUCUGAAAACCGAGUGCGGCACGCCCACCGAGAGAACACUCCGCUCAGCACAGACUCUUCUGACAAAGAGAACUACGACCCCAACAGAAUGAAGAGAAUGAAACAUGACAAAAAGUGUUAUCAAAAGAAAUAAUUUAAUCAUUCCAAUCUGCAAGUGUUGAACACAAUUGUACUUUUUUAUAUUUAUAUUUCUUUUUUAAUGA